CGAUAUAAAAUGCAUGAAGCGAUGAUGUGUAAAACUAAACUUUGUAGAUCAUGUGAGAAAACAGCUCCAAACAUGUGAUCGGUAACAUUGAGAUGAUCACUCAUGUUUCGACGUAAUCUCUUAUCGAUUUCAGUGUUUAAAACGAUUUUAUAUGUAUUGAUAUAAGAUUUAAAAUGGUGUGGAAUAAUUUUAUUUUCAUUUCAUAUCUGUGUUCUGUGGCCUUCCAUCUCUAUUUUCAAGGUCUGUGCACGAUCCCGGAAUAUCCAGAGUACGAAUCGCGCCACGGUAUGUGGUCAGUGGCGUUAGAUGCCAUUUUGACGACGCUGCGAUAUCUCGCACCCGCCACCCUCCUUACUCUCUUCUGGGGCCACCACAGCUUCCUCUUCAAACUGUUGAAACAUAUAGAUUCAGCUUUCAGAGCUAUUGUAUUCUCGAGUGAAGAACAAAAGCAGGAAGUAUUGAGAUGGCUCGCAGAAGUCGGACCGGUGAGAGUGGACGACCUGGAAACGGUUUGGAAGCACGGCUGGAUCGUCUGCGGCGUCCUUGACGCAGCGCUUCCGGGCUCUUGCGCUGGACAUCCUCCAACAAGGCUCUCCUUGCAGCAUGCACAAUCUAUAGCCGACCAUUAUCUUGGUGUUGAACCUGUCUUCUCCCGCCAAGAGCUGGAGUCGAAUGACUCGUUGAGCAGACACCAAGAAUGGAAGUUAGCUACGUACUUGGACCGCAUUCGAGAAGCUCUAAAAAAAUUAACACCACCAGUCUCGAAGCCAACGUCACAGAGAACAUCACCAGAAACCACCCAAAUCACGCUCGAUUAUGUCGCAAAAGGUUCUGGAUUGACGGCUGCCCAAAUAAAAAACAAAAUGCAUUUCAAAAUCUACCCAACAGCACAGCAAUCAUUAGAUCCUGGAGAAAUAACAGUUCUAAUCAGAGGUCCAAAAGACACAUACGGGAUGACUGUUUUACCCCCGAUACUGGGUAAAGCACAGAUGAUCAGACAAAAAUUACUUGGGUUACAUUCAAAACAAAAUUUCACAGAAAACGCAUUACCGUUAACACUGGGCGCAGCUUACUUGAGAAGUUAUGGAAAAAACGACAUGAACAAAACAUAUUACAUACCGAAAACGAAAUACGAUAUAGAAAUAGAGGCAGAUACGAGAGGAGAUCACAUAAAAAUAAGCUACACAGUAAAUCUCGAAGGGAGAUACGAAAUAUCAAUUACAAGCAGAGGUCAAAGUAUUGUCGGAUCACCAUUUGUAAUUAAAGCAACACAUAAUAUUAUCAGUAUCUUAGAAAAAGACAGUUUCCACUUAGAAGACGGCGAAGAAAUAGACAUAGUUGAUGUAAAAAACGAUCGAAAAGUAGUCCUUCGAAUUGUCGAUUUCGUCACCGAAAAGAUGCUACUGAGAGAAAACGGCACUUUAGAAAAAAUAAGCGACGAGGAGGCAAAACUCUUAAUGACAACAGAUUCAGAAAAUAAGAAUCCUCUUGACUUAAGCAAAACGAAUAGCUUAAGCACAAUAGAAAAUAAAGUGACGGGAGAAAACGAAAGUAAAUUUAAUCAGGUGGCACGUAAAAUUUUAUGGUUAAAUCGAGUAUGCAGGAGAAUGAACAAGCUAAUUGAUGAAAAACAAUCGAUCUUAAAAGAUACCACUUAUAUUCCAACAAGAUCCUCCAAAGAUAUCCCUGACAUAGUAAAUUCAACGUUCGGCGACAAAAAUACAAAUCCAUUUAUAAUCGCCAAAAAACAAGAUAAAUACAUCGUGCCUGAGAAUAUUUCUGUGUCAAUACGAACGGAAAAAUCUAAACCAAUUUAUGAUGAAAUUCACGAAAUUGAUACGCCUAAUACUGAUUUACAAAUCGGAACCGCAGGAAACAAAUCUGAAUCGGUUUCUCAGUCUCACAGUGUGAGUAAUAGUCCUGACAGUCUCAACGAAAGUGAAAAAUUUCAGAAUAUAGAAGAUAGCUCAUUGGAUAGAUUGACUUAUUUGAUUAAUAAUCCGUUUGUAGCUCACAAAUGUGAAGAAAAUUUACUCCAAGAUAACGAUUUUGGGACCAUCGUUAUUUCCCAAUAUGAAACAAAUGAUUCACAAAACGAAGAUAUUCAAAAUAAUUCAAUAAAAAUAGCAAUAAACACUAGCUGUAAUUCAUCUUUAUCACCGAAUAGUAAUCCGUUUAUUGACGACGACUUGAAAGAUAUGGAACGCCCAAAAACGCCAAUUCACAAAAUUAUAUCUGGUGAAGUGACUGAUCGAAACGAUUCAGUUUAUGAAAAUCCUAAAUCCGAACUAAUCCCAGAAGAAAUGCUCGGAAAUGAGUUCGUUAAUCCAUUUUUUAUGCAUCACCACAAAGAAAGUCCUCAUUUACAGCUUCCCAUUACUGAUUUUAUCAUUGGAGCUCCUGUAUCGUUGCCACCAAUGAUGCGGACUUCAUCUCCCGAACCAGAGAUGAAAUCGUUGAUAAUAAUUCCAUCCAGUGAACAAAAUAUGUUUGAUAAUAAUGUUGAAAAUAAACAAGAAGUAAUUAACACGCAAUAUUAUACAAAUAAAGAUGAUUGUUCAACUGACAGAAAUAAAACUAUUACGGAAACAUACAAUAGUUUUGAGUCGAACUUCACACAAAGUACAGAAACAUCCGCAGUAUCAAAUGAAAGCGAAAAAAAUUGUUCAUCUUACAAAAUCGACGGAACACGGUCAGAAAGAGACACAUCUCCGAGAAAAGAUUGGGAUUCUGCUUACGUUAGUAUUGACGAUAAUAGUAGUUGUCCCGAUACCAACAAUAACGACAACGUAACAUUAUAUGAAGCUUUAAACAAAGAAAAGAUUUCACCUACCAGUGAAAACUUUUUAUCCAAGCAAAGAGAAAUGGCUAAUAUGGGACCAGCAGAAAGAGAACUGUGGCAGACAUGCUCUGAAUUAGGCGGUUCUCAGUUGUCAGAAGUAAAGUCAAAUAGGUGGGAAAUACAACGACCGACUUUUACACCCAUUAUUGAAGAAAAUGACAGAAGUGUUUCGUCGGGAGCCAAAGCAUUGUCUGAUUCUCAGAACGCAAACGAAGCUGAAUCUAUUGCAGUGGCAUUUGCUGAACUAAACGACAUGUAUAUGGAAUAUUUUCCUAAAGCAGAAAGUAGUUCUACAGUAGAAAUUGAAGAAAGAAUUCAAUUUAACGAAAAAACAGAUAAGGUAGAACCCCAAGAGAGUAGUGUCAAUUCGGCGUCUGUACCUGUAUCAGAUGUGAAAAGACACGAAAAUAAAGUUGAAGGAACGAUUUCUGAGGUUCAGUCAAAUGCCACUGAAUCAGUUUCAGUAAGUCAAAGCCUUCUUGACGAAAUUCAAGUCUCUCCCGAGUCUAGUGAUAAUAAUAACAUACAAAUGAGUAAUCAAAAGAAAAACAACAUAGUCUUAGAACGCAAGAAAUAUUGGGAUGAGAAAAUUCGCCAAAUCGAGGCCAAUUCACAAGAGACUGUUGCUAUGCAGAGAAAGAAACGUGUUUCUACAAAGCAAAUGAAACAUGACUCUUUGAGUAAGCGAAAGGGUAGACAAAUGGUCAAAAAUUAUUUAAGAGCAGGUGGUUAUAGUCAUAUAAAAAACACUACAUCUAACGAUAAUGCAGGAACAGUAAUUGAUACUUCAAUACCGCAAAGCGUAUCCGACGUGGCACAAGAAGAACAAUGUCAAACAAAGCUCGUAGAUAAAUGGAAAAAAUAUUGGGAUGAAAAAUUGCAGAAAGAAAUAGCCGAAUCAGAUUCGGUACACAUAAAAUUGAAAGCUGUUGACGCAACAUGCAGCAAUCCACAACUACCAGUACCUGAAGAGCAUUUAAAUACUAACAUUAAUGAAAAUAGACUUAAAAAUGAAAAUAUUGCAAAAACAGAAAUGGCAGAAAAAGUUUUUGCUUGUACUCCAACAACGCCCGUAAAACAAGAAUUACCAGAAGAAGUGUUCAAGGCUUUCGAAACAAGUCCUAAAAGAUUUUUUGGCACAUCGCGGAGACAAAUUUUAAGUAAGAUUGAUAUAUUCUGUGGAAAACACAGUAGUUCUGAUGAAUCAUCGCCAGAGAUAAUCGAAGCCAAUCAUGAAAGCGGUUUGGUUUCUAGUCGAAUAUCGUUGUUCCACAAUUUGUCCAACACAGAAGAAUUACCUUGGGCGAGGAAAACCAAAUCAAUGCAUAACAUUCAUCAAAGAAAAGACAACGACAGCGUUGUUGUCUCACCAGACAUUAGACCGAAAACUUUAGAUGAAAGCAGAAUUUGUUCCAUGAAGAAUGUUCUCGUUCAAAAAGAAAACACUAAUAUAGAUGAAGAUAAAUUUGAAAAUGCUAUCCAAAAUGAAGAAAUAAAAUGUUCACGAGUUAUUUUGAAAGCCGCAGAACUCAACAAGGAACUACAAAAACGAUCGCGAUCUGUUGUACAAGAGUAUAUUACGACCAACGUAACCCCGGACCAUAAUAAAGACAUAGCUUCAGAAACGCCUAUCAAUUGCGUUAAUGAAAUCCUCCGAAGGAAAUCAUUUAGUAAAUCCGAAAUGGACAUUUUCAGUAAAAUAUCUAAGGAUUCUUCUGAUGAUUAUUUAGAUAAAUACAAGUCUUGUGAUGAACUACCAAAAAUAAACGUCAAGAACUUCAUUUCACUAUACGAAACUGUUUCAAAAUCCAACAUAGAGUCAAAGCCAUUCAAAAGAAUUUACAAAGCAAAUUCCGUAGAUUCCGAGAAACUUUUGCGCAUGAACAGCACGAAUUCGGAUGCUGUUAAGACAACGGAUGUGGCAGUAAAGAGAACGGAACGACAAAAUAUCAGGUUUACUAGUCGACAAAACUCACCGGAAUGUUCGCCGCGUAAAUUGAAAACCAGAGCACUAAGCGCAGUCAACAUAGAUAACAUAGAUAAAGAAUUAAUUGAUAUAAAAGUAAUCAAGGGACAAGAUAAGGAAACGACAUACGUCAGCCUUUCCGAUAUCGAAUUAGAAAUCGUGGAGAGCAGCCCCGACAAGUCGACUGAAUCUACUCCUAAAAAAGAAACAGUCGCAGAGCACGUGGAAUACAAAAAUCGUUUCAGAUUAGCGAAGCAAUAUUUCCAAUCGUUGGAAGAGCUGACGGACGAGAAGAGACCAACAAAACCGAACGAAUGUGAAAUAUUAUUAAAUAAGCCUAUCGAAUCUCUUGACACUGAUAAACCAAAAAGGCGGAAGAAGAAGUCGAAAUCGCUUUCGAUGCCUUCAUCAGAGUUAUCGAAAUACUGGAGCGAAAUGCAGGGGAACCAUACAAACAACAGAAGCGAUACGACUACAAAGAAGCUCGUCAAGAUCUCAGAGAAAUUUAAUGUGGAGGACUUAUUUUUGGAUGUGAUGGAAGGGAAACUGAGUCGACAAGGCAGCUUACGGGGCAUACCGCAUAAGAAAGCGGUGCUGGCAACAUUCAGAUCAAUGGAAAAUCUCUCUAACAACCAACUUAAUUCAUACGAUAUAUCGGAAACGCAAUACCAGGACUUCGAAAACCAGAACACUGUUAAAAAAGCCCAAAACUAUUUGACAGAGUACCCUUAUAUACCAACAACGGAUCCAUCGAAAUAUCAUUCUAGAUUAGACGCGAAGGCCUCAGGUCUGAUUUCUUUUAAGGAGCUUUUAGGAAAGAAAAAAAGAAGGAAUAGCGUGCCUGAUUUGAGGCUAGAUCCAACAUUUUCUGCAGACCUUUAAAUAAUAUAUUAUGUAUUUUAAUAGUACCUUACAGAUAGUCAAUACUCAAGCGUUUUUUUUUAAAUAAAAAUAUAUAUUAUUAGGUUCGCGUUAAAAAUCUUUUAACAAAAUUGUUAUUGAAAAUAUGCUUUCUUUUUUUUUAGUUGUAUAAGUUUUUUUCUUUAUUAUUGUACAAUAUGUACAGACAUUGAAUCUUAUGUUAAGUUUUAAGAAUUUUAUUGUGCCUAUUUAUUAUAACAAAUUCAAUUUAAUAAAUUUAAUUAAAAUAAAAA